ACAAACUCUCUUCACAUGCAGCUCAGUUGUAGGGAGAUAGGAGAUGACUAAUGCCUCAGAAACUAGCAGAACCACUUUAAUGUGAAAAGGAAAGCCAUGAUAAGAAGUAGAGGCUCAUGGGGACCACGUCCAUGGCUCCAGCUGCCAUACGUCUCCCAGGGGAAAGAUGGCUUGGUCCCACUUGUCCCAUGUGGCUUGGAGUUAAACUGCUUCAAGAUUCGAUCUCAGGACUGGAGGAUGCUCUGUUCUUCCAGAGGACCUGGGUUCAAUCUCCAUUUCCCACAUAUGGUUCACAAGUGUCUGUAAUUCCAGAAGAUGUUCUCUUCUGGCCCCUGCAGGUUCCACACUUGGACACAGACAUGCAUGUAGAUGAAAUACCCAUUCACAUAAAGUAAAAUAAAAAUAUAUAACCUAUUCUAUCUCAGUCAUAGCCAAACUAUGGAUCAAGCCAGGGCACUGGCUCUGUUGCUGAAGCACAUGGGAGCUGGCACACUUGGAAUCCCAACACUGGGGAGGCAGAGACAGAACAUUUCCUGGGUUGCUGGCAUUUAGCCAGCCUAGCCUUCUUGAUAAAAUUUCAGGGCCCGGUGAGAAUCUCUGUCUCAAACAAUAAGCUGAGUGACCCCCUAAAAAUUAUACUAUGUUCAUACAAAGUCCUUCAAUUAGCUUCCAAAAUGCAGGUCACCUGUCCUUCUUGUAUUUUGGAGGCUGAGGCAGCAGGAUGGAAAGUUCAUAGCCACUCUGGGCUACAGGGUAAGAGCCCAUCUUAACAGAAAAGAAAAAAAAAAUCUAAUUGUAUGGCCAUAUGAGGAAAUGGGCCCUGCAUCUUGAGUGGGGCUCUCUCCCAUCUUCCCACCACGGUGAGCAUCAGAACUGGCCUUCUUGCCCUCAUCAUAGACCCACUCACCUAGUCCAGCUGUGGUCCUGUUCUGCUAUGCUGACAGCUAUGCUAAGCCUGAUUGAGUCCCUGCCCCUUACUUCCCUCUCUAAACCAGGAGACAGCCUCCAUCCCUCAAAGCCUUCUAAGAACCCACGGCUGAGAGAUCCCCGUGGACCCCAGAGUUCCAUGACGGUCCAUUCACACCACUCCAGAGAGUCAGAAGACAGCUCAGAACCUGCUCCUUCUGUAGAGCCAGCUGGGGAGGAACCACAACCGGCAGCUUCCAGCUGCCCAGUGGAGGACACAGGAGCUGCCUCUGACCUCCCAGGAUCACCAAAAGAGCUGGUCCCCCUGCCUCCUUCCCAGAGCUCAGUGGGGAGGUUUGUUCCUCAGUUUGCCAAACCAAGGAAGACAGAAACUAGAAAAACCAAGGCAUGGGAAGAGGAUCCAGAGAGCUGCACCACAAGCCAGGAAACAACGCCAGAGCUAGGUGCCCUAGAAGCAGCCAGCCAGCCACAGAGAGAGUCCCUGAGGUUCCCUCUCCAUGAUGCCAGAAGACCAGAAGACCAGACACAGCCAGAUGGUACCCUCUCAAAGGAGAGGACCAGCUCACUAGAUACUGGAAGCUUGGAGAACAAUGGUUUUGAGAUGGCCACAGUUCAAGACAGUAGUAGCCGGGGAAGACCCCUGUCGGCUGCUGCUGCUGAAGGCAGGGAGGCAGAUAGCAGCACCCCACAGGAAGGAGGUACCCAAGGAGGGGAAGCAGAGGCCCAGCAUUCUGGGGAACCCCAGGAAGGAGAGGACAUCCUCUACACUUCAGCAUUAGUUCCUGCCUCAGAUCCUACCAUACCAUGCCUAGAGACCUGGUCUGUGGCUCAAGACCUCUCUGUCCCCACACACAUUCUUCACAGCACAGCUGCAGCACCCAGCCUCGGUAGCCCAGCGGGUGCCUCUCUUAUGGACAGCGUCAUUACAGAAGUGAGCUUAGAUCCCUCUGUGCUGCAACACAGUGCACUAGAGGUGGGCAGCCUGCUGGGCUCUCCGGAUGGGCAGAUCCCUGAUGGAGGCUGCAGUGGGACUCUUGCUGAGGAGACCCCAGCAGGCAGCAAGGAGACCAGAUGGAAAGAGAAGUCCCCUGGUGAUGACACCCUGGCAAACGUCACUGAGACUGCAGUUCCUGUGAAACAAGAGCCCAUGGUGGGAGCUGGAGAUUCCAGCCAUAUAGCCCAGGAAAUGGGUCCUGCCGUCAAGACCAAGGACCCUGGCUCUGAUGGACAGCUGCCAGGGGAUAUAGGAAUGCUGCCUUUGCCAGCACAGCCCAUGGAUGAAAAGGUGGUGGAGUUAAGUGGCCUAACUUAUGAUCAAGACUUGGAGGGCCUCAGUCUGUACCCUCAUACCCCCUCUCAGCUAGAGCACACUUGUCUAGCUAGUGACCCUCCCCAGAGCACCAAGGCCUGUCACAGCAGCCCAGACAUUCCUGUACACCCAGCAGGGAAGCAGCAGCCAGCUCCCAGUCCCAGAGACCAGGCUGCAUGGCAGGAGUCCUCUGCAAUGGAACUAGACUUCCUGCCUGACAGCCAGAUACAGGAUGCCCUGGAUGCCACCAACAUGGAGCAGGGCUUUCCUUCAGGGAAUAUGUCAGACCCUGGCUGGCCUGUCCCUAGCUCAUAUGCCAUCGGAGGAUCCCCAAAGGCGGUGGCCAAACCUCAGCCCAGACCCCAUGUGGGAACCUGGGCCCAGGAGCCCUACAGGAUGCAGGACGCAACAGACACGGUGCGAGGCCUCGUGGUAGAGCUCUCCAGUCUCAAUCGUCUGAUUAUGAGCACUCACCGGGACCUGGAAGCCUUCAAGCGCAGGAAGACCAAGUCUCUGCCUUACCUGACUAAGGGGUUAGGGAGCCUUGCUAGAGGGGAUCAGGGCUGGAGGGACUUGUAAGCUGCUGUAGCCUGUGGGGGUCAGCCUACCAUAGCUUAUAGGCAGGAGGCUGAGGGUGGCUACUCCCAUGGGACAGGGUGCCUGAGCUUUAGGAAGUCAUCUGACAGAGCAUGGCCCUACCCCAGAUGCUCAUCCAGGUUUGAGCACCCAGGCUCCUGAGCUGAGCUGCAGUUGUCUUUGUUUCUGGAGGGGAGCGUGCCCUCUGUUCUGUCUGUCCUUCCCCCAUGCUUUCUGUGAGUGUGGGAAGACAGGGAAUAAAUGAUGCAGUUGUGAGCCUGAUCCGUA